AUGACGGCGCAUGCGCAGCGCCAUCAGACUUUGGAGGGUGGCGGUCAUCUGGGACUGAGGAGGGACCACCGGGAGAAGGGCCAGAAGGGGGGCAGCAGCAGCGCCGGGGCUGUGUGUGGCAGCAGCAGCAGAGGCGGGCGAGGUGGGCGGAGGCUCCGGGCCCCUGCAGGAGAGAUGGCACCAAAGAAAGACCCCAAGAGGCGCCCCAGGAAGCCCCAGUUUGAGGUCGGGGAGCGGGUGUUGUGUUUCCGAGGGCCCCUGCUUUAUGAAGCGGAGUGUGUGAAGGUGUCCGUUAAGUACAGGAAGGUCAAGUACCUCGUUCAUUACCCGGGAGGCAACGAGAAGGGUGCUGUGCGCACCCGGCUCUCGGAAAAGCUGGCCAAGAUGGAGGCUCGAGAGGCAGAAAAGGCCCAGGAGACGGAGAAGGGCCAGGAGGUGGACAAGACUCCGGAGGCAGAAAAGGCCCAGGAGGUGGACAAGCCCCCGGAAGCGGAAAAGGCCCAGGAAGCAGAAAAACCUGGUAAGGCCCUUAAGUCCCACAAAGGCCGGAAGCCCCGCUGUGAGGCUUCAGAGGCAGGGGUAGCCCUUAAGUCCCCUAAGGCUGGUGAAACCAGCAAGGCGGGGGAAGCCAGUAAUGUUGGGGAGCCCCGGGAAACCAGUGAGCCCAGUGAAGACCCUGAGGCGGAGGCAGAUGAGACCAAGGCCAAAGGCAAGGGCAAAGGCAAAGGCAAGGGCAAAGGCAAAGGCAAAGGCAAAGCCGGCACUGCUCCCUGCCCUGCUGGAGAUGGCGAUACUGAUUACAAGGAGGACUACUGUCCUACAGCUGGCUGGGAUGACGAGUGGGUUCCUGAGAGCAGAAUACUGAAGUAUUCUGAGACCAAUCUGCAGAAACAGAGAGAGCUCCUCAACAGCAAUGAGGAGCUAUCUGCAGAUGAGAAGGUGGGAGAGGACCUGGCCUCUGGGGAAAAGAAGACUUCUGAGCCCAAGACCCCAAGCUCAGAGCCCAAGACCCCAAGCUCGGAGUCCAAGACUGCAACCUCCGAGUCAGAAUCGGAGAGUCAGCAGUCGGAGGGUCAACAGGAGAAGAACAUGGACAAAGAAGAAGCCUCUACAGCAUCAGGGCCGUCAGUGUCUCCAGCCAAAAAGAAGGAAAAGAAAAUGGCUGAAACUGGGGAAGGAAGCAGUUCCAGUGAAACAUCAACACCAUCUCGGCCCCAGCACUCCAAGAGGAGAGCCCGAGUGUACUACGAGGUGGAGAGGCGAUAUGUGAAAAAAACCGACAUUAAAGUGAACAUUCCCAAUGAACUGAAGCCGUGGCUGGUGGAGGAUUGGGAGCUGGUCGUCGGACAAAAGCACCUGUUUCACCUUCCGGCCAAGAAGAGUAUCGAUUCCAUUCUGGAUGACUAUGAGCAGUAUGAGAAGUCCCAAGGAAACAUGGCAAAGUCGUAUGCAGUCACCGAAGUGGUAGCAGGGAUCAAAGCUUAUUUCAAUGUAAUGUUGGGUCCUCAGCUGUUGUAUGAUUUUGAAAGGCCCCAGUAUGCUGAGAUCUUAGCUGAUGAUCCUGAUGCUCCUGUGUCCCAAAUUUAUGGAGCAUCUCAUCUCCUGCGAUUAUUUGUCAAAAUUGGAGAUAUGCUGUCCUAUACAGCACUGGAUGAGCAGAGUGUGGCAUUACUGCUAAAUUAUCUUCAUGAUUUCCUAAAAUAUUUGGCAAAUCAUGCAGCAGCUCUGUUCAGUCCCAGUGAUUAUGAGGUUGCUCCCCCUGAGUAUUUACAAAAAGUUGCCUAAGAGUCUGAUAUUAUUUGUCAUAUUUUGAUCUCAGUGAACAUAAAUGUUAUAUUAUUAGUUUGUUCUCUCUACAAGGAAAAAAUGUUUAAUUUAUUCAAUGUUUAAUCUAAUUUAUGUUUGUUAAGUAUUUGUUCUGUUGAAAACAUAAAAAGGGUAAUGUUUCAGUCCCUUCUGUAAUUUUAGAGGUUCUGUUCCAGUCUAUGUAAUAGUGAUCUGUGUAGAAUGUUUCACUGUGUAGUUAACAAAGCUGCUUGUAUUCUGAUGGUUACAUUCUUUUGACAUUUUUAUGAUCUGUUUAAAUGGGAAGUGACAAAACAUCUUGAUUCCUAGUGCCAAAGUUUAAGUCAUUGCAUAUGGUUAAGAAUUCAUUAAUUUAUGCUAUUUUCCUGUUACCUUCUUUAUUUUUAAUCUUUAAAUUUGACUGUGAUUGUUGAAAAACAGUAUUUUUUGUUAAAGUUUUUGUAUUUUGCUUCU